AUGGCUCGUGAUCCCAAGCAGAAGAAGACUCGUUCCGCUCUGGACGAUGUCAAGACCAUCGAGGCUUCCAUUCACCUUCACAAGCGUGGUGAGCAUUCGUUGUGGGGACUGCUGCGAUAGACGAUGAGGGCCUGUGGGGAGGUCAUGAAAGCCAAGGAUGGUGCGAGAAGCGGUGCUCGAGGUCUGUGCUGGAGGCCUCAUCUCUACUUCGGAAAGAGGCGUCUGCGUGUGGACGCUGUGCAAAGGGUGGAAAAAAGGCGCGCGGGGUCGAGUGGCCAGGCAAUCCCACCUGUCAUCUCACGGCUUGGAGCUAGCGGCGUUGGCAUCAUUCGUCGAGCAUCACUGCCAUACGUCGUCUGUCACGCGGGCGGUUUUGUUUGAUUGGGAAGCGACGCAGGACUGCAAACCCACAAGCAUUAGUGGCACCUUUACUGACCCCUUCUCACGCACCAACACCAUCUCUCUCUCAACAGUGCACGGCCUUGGCUUCAAGCACCGAUCUCCCAGAGCAGUCAAGGAGGUGCGAGCAUGGGUAACCAAGCUGAUGGGAACAAAGGAUGUGCGUCUCGACCCAAAGGCAAACCACGUCAUCUGGCAGUUGGGUAUCAAGGAUGUCCCUCGUAGACUUCGCUUCCGUCUCGAACGUGAGUACCCACAGCCGCCGUCUGGAGGGAUUGAGAGAGCAAGAAAGGUGUCAAGGGGCUGCAUUGGCUGGCAUGUGAGGCGAUGGGGAUCAGAGGAAGCAAGGAGUUUCGCGCGUGGGAGACAUCCGGAUGCCGACGUGCCAACUGGCCACGGGAGGUGUAUACGUUACCGGCCCUGGUAAAUCGCUCGAGAAGACCUCCGAUGCCUUCUGCCAUGGCGAAGGCGUCGAGAGCAAUGUCUCUGCGCUAUCAAUGUAGUUCAUUGUCACGAGGUUGGGAUUGGAGAGCUAACAUAGCUCUCUGCAACGCUCGCCUCGGGACUUACAGGCAAGCGUAACGACGAUGACCAAGCCAAGGAGCGCCUGUAUACUCUCGUCACUCCCGUACUCGGCAUCACCAACUUCCACGGCCUCCAAACCACCGUCAUCGACCAGGAGUAG